AUGGAUGACAACGACUUCUUGUCCGCCACUAUCCCCUCUCGACGCUCAUCCUCCAGCCACGAUUCCCUCCCCAGUCCCAUUCAAUCUCAACUUAACACCCUCUUUGCCGGAUUCAAUCGCACUUUAUCUCCCUCUAGUCUAUCUUACCACGAAGCCCGAGACGAGAACAACAACCAACAACCUUCCCACAUCGACCUCCGAGCCCUCGACUAUGUCACGGACUACGAUUCACAUCUGAUGUGCCCCAUUUGCCAUGUGCCUUUCCUCGACCCCGUUGUCCUUGAAUGCGACCAUACCUUCUGCCGGUCAUGUUUGAGAGAAUACCGAGAAGGAGCCGCCAGUGGAUCCCGUUCCUCAUGCCCCUCUUGUCGAUCCUUCGUCGUGUCAGCGCCCCGCAAAGCAUCCCGACUCAUAAUCAACAUGUGCGAUGAGAUCAGGGUUCGCUGCCCGAAUGAGGAUUGUGAAGAUGUGAUGCCACGAGGCUGCGUCGAACGUCAUGCCACAAAGGAAUGUCCACAUGAACGACUACAAUGUCCAGAUCCAGAGUGCGGCAAAUUGGUCAAGAGAAAGAAUUAUGUUCCAGAGCAGUGUAUACACACGUCUCAUAUAGAAUGUGACUGUGGAGCGGUUAUUGAACUCGGGAAAGGAGAAUGGUUGAAACAUAAGGAUGAAGAUUGCCCCCAAACGGGGGUGGAAUGUAAGAAGUGUGGGCAAAGGAUAUCGGCACGAGACUACUUUGCUGGAACCAACAGCCACAUUUGCAGCUCCCACACAGAUUGGAUCUGUCCGGGGAGGCCAUAUGGAUGUUCCGAUGAAUUCGACCCAGAAGAUCUGGAAGCACAUACCAAAUCAUGUCCUCUGGCGCGUCUAGCUCCUCAUCUCCAGAAACAAUUCCAACUUUUACAGUCGCUGCAAGAACAAUUGACCAUGGUCAAAGUUCGCAAUGAAGUCUUGGAGACGGGGUUUGAAAAGAUCAAUGACAUUGUCAAUGAUCGUGUUCUCCCAUAUAUUACCCACUCCGAUCAUUCUCCCGCGGGCGAAACUUCCGACAUCGAAGAGAUCGAACGUGACCACAUUCCCUCAGCCAUCUCGCAUCGUGACCUUUUAGUGCCGGCACAUUUCCGCGCCCUGACACCUUCACCCGAUCCAGAUGCUGCAUCCAUCUCCCAAACUCAACAACACUUACUCGCUCUUCACGAAUCUCUGCGGGGAAAUGUAUCGAAUCUUGAGAAUGACAUUUCGGCCUUGUCCAAUACGAUUUCGGACCUUGAUGCUCGAACAUCCAUGCAAAUCAUGAAUGAAACUCUUCGGAUCAAAGAGGAUCUGGCUCAUACCAAUGCAGCCCUGUUCAGUACAAGAGCUCAAGUGCAAUGGUUACUGAAUCGGGAGAGAGUAGGUCAGCAACAACAAGCCAUGGGAAUGCGUGGUCGAGCACCUUCAGCUCAACCUCAAGCAUCGAAUCAGGCGCAAUCGACUAGAAGCUCGGUCUCAGAAGGUGUUGAGGGUUCCACACAAGCGGCAAGUUUGGAAAAUCCACCUUCGGCCUCCAAUAUGGCUUCCAGCCCGAGUUUCCGACCUCAGAUGAGACGGCUGAGCGGUGGUAGUCAAGAAAGGGUCAAAUUGUGA